CCGCGGCCGCCAGUCCACAGGUCAACAUGGCUGCCACCGGGGAGUGGGAGCUCGUCAAGAAUUCACGGAAAAAAGGUUCUUCUGUCCCUAAUGGAAAGCUUAGCAAAGAAGAAAAGAAGAGCUUCAUUGAGAAAGCCCCCAAGGUUAAUACUGGUCGUAUAGAAUCUCCUGCAACUGGGAAAGAGAACCGCAAGCCAAAGGUUACCAAAAAUGCCAAGGAGGGGAAAAAGAAGCCUGAGAAGAAACAAAAUGAUGCCCCACACCAGCCGGGCACCCUGCAGGAGGCCAUCGGCAGGCUAAAUGUGGGACAAAUGGAAAACCUUCUGGAUGUUGUGAAGUCUCGGUUCCAAGACUCUCCAUUAAUAUGGCUCAAGGACUUGGCAUCAUACCUUAAUGUGCGGGUGAACCCUAUCCAUGCACCUGACCCCGCAUUCCGUGGCCACCCUCCUCUCUACCCCACCUCCAUGCUCAGUAGCAGUGUGAAGAAUUUGCUCAUCGAGACCUUCUCAUGCUGCAGCGACAGUGUGCUGGCAUCAUUCCACAAGCACUGUGUCACUUCCAUGGUACAAGAGCAAGUGAAGGGACUCAGUGUAAUUGGGUACAAACUGUUCAUACAAAUCCUAUCCAUCCAACACCCAGAAGCAGGCUUAGUCAACCUUCCAUUUUACUGUGAACUGCGGCAUAGCAUUCAGAAUCAGACACCAGCCUGCCUUUCCCUGCUGUGGGCUGUGGGGCAACUGGGACAUUACGAUUUCAUCACCGGCCUAAAAGUGUGGCUGCAGCUGAUGGUACCACUCAUUGGGCUGAAGCACUACUCAGCACAUGUUGUGGAGUAUGGCAGCACGGUGUUUGGUAGUGGCGGGGGUGAUGGCGCCCAGGCCUGUGGUGACGUGCUGGGUGUCAGGGAGUUCUUUACCAUCCUUGACUUCACCUGGUGCUCCUCGGGCUCACUCACCAAGCCUGUCCAAAGGCAACUCUUUGCUCUCUAUCCCAAAGUGAAGACUGCAGCCUUUAGUUCCAAUCCAGAGGUCACGUUAAGAAACUUCUUUCCUUCCUUUCUUCGACGCCUGGAUGUAAACAUAACCCAUUUGUUGAGAGUUGAGCUGCUGACAUGCUUGGUGCAAUGCCUGAUGCAGGACCCACAGUGCUGGAUUGUGUGGUCACAGCUCUAUCUUAAACACCUGGUACAGUCGGCUGUGUUGCUGGAUCACUUAGGGAGGGAGUGGAAGGUUCUGAGCCAGUCAUUAAAAGUCAAGAGAAAGGAAGUGAAGGAGACGAUAGAGAAGUUUGCCCAGAGCAACCAGCAAAUGUCCCACAAGGCUGCUGCCGUGCCGGGUGUCCUUGAGGCCACACAAGCCACAGAGGCACUCUUGAACCAAAUGAAGACUGUAAAGGAAAAGUCGCAUAGACCAAGCUUGUUUAAUUUUGUGGCAGUACUUACUCUGACAGCUGUUGUGUGGGAUAUCAGAAGUGCUGGCUCUUUUAAAGGAUCAAAGUUGGGGCAGACAAUAGAAGGGCUGGGAUUGACUCCAUACCUGCAGGUCGCUGGAGAAUAUGCUAGAGCAGCAUUCAUUCACAUAUACAGGUGGUGCAUGACAAAUGUGCCAGUGUACUACAGCCGAGGGUGUGAGCUGGCUGGGCCAUACCUCCUCCUCAUGCUGGAAAAACUUGACUGGGUGCUUGCCAGCUGCUGGACAGCAAUGGACUCAGCAGCCCAGUACAUCCCUCCACUGAAGGAAAAGAUAGAAACUAUGCUUCCUGGAGUAACUUCUAAUGCAAGUUAUUAUGGCAGUGUUGCACUACAGUCAUUGGAGAAUGGGUUCUAUUAUGUACAGAAUGCAUCAUCACCAUACCUGGCACAAGCUCAUACCUUUUUAUCUACAAGAGUUUUUGUGGGUCCCCUUGCACCGGAGAAACUGCAGGAGUAUGUGUUUAGCGCAGCAGAGUACAUAAGCCAGCUGUACAAGCAGCUGCAAAGCAUCAUUGUGCAGGCCCUGGAGGAGGCCAACAAUGCUACUAAGGCUACUAGCUAAGUCAUAUAUGAGUGUUCUCUUAUGAUGUCUUCACAAUGGGCUUGCCAGGUCACCUUUAUUGUGUGGUCCACAUCACAUUCAUAGUUGGACAUGUUACCACUACACAUUGUAGCUCUAAGUGGGUGACUUCAGUUAUUUUGCAUUCCAAGAAUGAAAUCAUUCAUUUUAUUUAAUAUAAAAGUUUAUGACCGUGUUAAUCACUGACAUUCAGAAUCUUCUAUUUGGGUUCAAGGUUUACUAAUCUUAAUUUAAGCAAACUGUUGAAGAAACUUUGCUCAAAACUUUGUAUAUUUUCUUUUCAUUUCCUAAACUGCACAAUUCCAGUCUUCAUGUGUGUAAGACCUUGCCUCUUGACAUGAUGUGCUGGAGUGUGUGACAUGUGCCUUACUGCCUGCUAGUGUUAGCCAUGCCUUCUGCAACCAUAUAUAUAAUAUAUAUAUAUAUAUAUAUAUAUAUAUAUAUAUAUAUAUAUAUAUAUAUAUAUAUAUAUAUAUAUAUAUAUAUAUAUAUAUAUAUAUAUAUAUAUAUAUAUAUAUAUAUAUAUAUAUAUAUAUAUAUAUAUACUGCUUUUAUUUAAGGUGGGAAUGUGAUUCUUAUUGGUCAUAAAGGUUUAUAAUUUUAAAUAAUACUUUUUUGUUGUUAAUAAUGGUAUAUACCAAAAAUAAGUUAUUGUAUGUAACCGAGUUUUGUUUUAUUCUUGUAAUAAAUGGUCAUUACCA